UGUGCGCUCUCGGACCCCAGCUCACAGUUCCAUGCAGAGGAGCUGCCUGACAGCGGCAGCAGCCAUGGACACAACAGCCUCAUGGGCUGAAGCACACGGAGACACCCAGGCUCUAUCUGACUGCUCAGGGAGGGGGGAGCCGUGAUGCCCAAAGCCACCGGUGCUGUCCCUGCGCCAGCUUCCAGCUGGGAGCUCCACAGGAGCCAGCAGCUGCUGCCCUGCAGCACUCAGAGCUGUUGCCUCCAGCAUCCCGCACGGCUCCUGCCACAGCGCUGCUCCGGCCGAGGAGGAGGAGGAGGAGGAGGCUGCAGCGGAGCUGAGCUGGGAGCUGCCCAUUCGAUACCUGCAUAUCACCAAAGCUCAGCCACCUCCACAGGCGAUGGAGUAAGCGUCCUGGAAGCUCCCAAGCCUGCAAGAGAAGACAAGGACACGGUAGAAGGACGGGACCAGGGUCAGCGGAGAGAGUAGAGGCUUCUUGCUGUCAAAGGUAUCUGAGAUGAAUCCCACAAGCCCAUUCUUUGGCACAACAGAAUAUGACUAUGGAUAUGAUGAAAACACUGCUCCAUGCAAUGAAGGAAAUGGCUUUCGCAGGUUUAAAUCCCUCUUCCUGCCGAUUCUUUACUGCCUUGUGUUUGUCUUCUGCCUUCUGGGAAACACCUUGGUCCUUUGGGUUCUCCUGACCAGGAAAAGGCUGACGACAAUGACUGACAUCUGCCUGCUGAACCUCGCAGCCUCUGACCUUCUCUUCGUUGUGCCUCUCCCUUUCCAAGCCCAUUAUGCUUCAGACCAGUGGGUUUUUGGCAACGCUAUGUGCAAGAUAAUGGCUGGCAUUUAUUACACAGGGUUUUACAGCAGCAUUUUCUUUAUAACCCUCAUGAGCAUUGACAGGUAUAUCGCAAUUGUCCAUGCUGUCUAUGCCAUGAGGAUACGGACAGCCUCCUGUGGUAUAAUCACCAGUUUAAUCCUGUGGCUGGUGGCUGGCCUGGCUUCUGUCCCCAACAUCAUGUUCAACCAGCAGCUGGAAAUCGAGCAGUCUGUGCAGUGUGUCCCCAUAUACCCCCCAGGCGACAAUACCUGGAAGGUUGCUUCUCAGUUUGCAUCCAAUAUUUUAGGCCUCUUGAUUCCCCUGAGCAUCCUCAUCUGCUGCUAUGCCCAGAUACUGAAAAACCUGCAAAAAUGCAAAAACCGGAACAAGAUCAAGGCCAUCAAGAUGAUUUUCAUCAUCGUCAUUGUUUUCUUCCUCUUCUGGACUCCCUUCAACGUCGUGCUGUUCCUCGACUCCCUGCAGAGCCUGCACAUCAUCAAUGACUGCAAGGCAAGCUACCAGAUAGCCCUGGCGCUGCAGCUGACGGAAACCAUCUCCUUCAUCCACUGCUGCCUGAACCCCGUGAUCUACGCCUUUGCUGGGGUGACAUUCAAAGCCCAUCUGAAGGGACUGCUGCAGUCCUGUGUCCGUGUCCUCUCCAGCCCCAUUGCAGGUGCUGGGGCUGGUCAGUUGUUCCCAGCACCCAGCCAGAUCUCCAGCUGCUCGGACAGUGCAGUGAUCCUGUGAGCCCAUCCGAGCUGCCUUCUUCCUGUGUGAGUAGUUGGCCUAAGGUCCAACGUGGACCUGGAGGCUGGUACCAUGUGUGCAGCAUCCUCUUGGGAGAACCAGUAUACCUCCUUUUGGGGUAUGCUGUGAGCAG